AUGGAUGCAUACUCCGGAUUUAUUCUUUGGUUCAUGGUGGGUGCAAAUGCAUGCAGUCCUCUCAAUUUACGCCAGCAGUAUCUAGAGAAACUAGAGACUCUGUUCCGGCAACCCCGAAUUAUACAAUUAAACAUCUCCGACGCAUCAUCAAAUAUCAUUGACGCUCACUACAAGCUCCGGAGAGCCGGAGCUGGGCUAGAAUUUACGUUUGGGUCUAAGCAGCCACCUCUCCGGGAUCUUCUCUGGUAUACAUGGGGUGAUCUCGGUGGUUAUCACCCUCUUGACUGGUGUCUACCCCCACUGGCGUCUUGGGAACGGUAUUUCUCUCAGCUCGAACAAGAGAAUCUAUUUACAGGCUCGAAUCUUGACAAGAUAAGCCUUCUGGCAGUCUAUGGGCCAAUGAUCCACAGCGCAAUCCAGAAUUAUGUCAAGGGCAGGAACUCUCCUGAUAAUUGGGAAAAGAAUGAAGCUGGUGAAUACACUCAGCCUUGGAUGGACUAUUAUGUCUGUCGAGAAAGACUGAAUACCGGUCGUCAUGUGCGAGAUUAUGAGCUUCAGAUUGACCCAAUUCUACUUGAAUCAUUACAAAAUGCGCCAAUCAGGCCGGUGCAUGGAUAUCUUGAACCAAGCACUUCGGAAUGGUGCAAGGGUGAACUCCAUGGUCUGAAUUUUGACCCAACUCAUCCAGAUUCGAGUAUCUGUGAGGAUUUUGAUAUCCAACGGCCAUACCAGAAUAUUUACCUGAGACUUCGGCGUCAAAUACAAGCACAUCAUCAGGCGGGUGCAUUGCCUAGGCUUUCUCUCUCUGUGGAGGCUCCAGAUUCUGGCGAUUUGAAAUAG